AUGACCGAAGUUUAUGGUUUCUAUAUUCGUCGUGGAGAAAGGCCAGAUAAAUCAGAACCUAGGAAGUACGACGAAGAAGUGGUGGUCGAUUCCGAAUCCGUAAAUCGUCCGAUAACUGAGUUGAAUCUAACGCCUGAAGCUGUGGUUGUUGUUGAUAUUAGCGGCAUUGUGCACAAGGCAAACAAAAAAAGCGACACGGAUUGA